AUGCGCAAACUAGUAAAUCGCAUAAACAUCAUUGACGCUAGGAGUAACAGACUUGAUGUGCACCUGCUUACUAACGUACACCACCACCUCCAAAAUAACAGAACCGUCUUUAUCCUCGUAACGCCGGAGAAGCUAAAUCGGUCUCCAGAUCUCCGUGUUUUCGCACAGGCUGCCGGCUUCCCUGUUGCUUUCAUUUUGGACGAGGCACAUACGGUUCCAAGCUGGGGCCUCGAAUUCCGGGAGGUAUUGCUCCGAGUGGCAGAGACGAUUCGUUUCAUCCCGGAAAGUCAACUCAUCCUCUCUUCGGCUUCAAUAUCUCUCCCCGAUAUAAAAUUUAUUGAAAGAUGCUACAGUGAGGAAAUCGAGACCGUCUUCACCCAAUUAUUCAUCCGUCGUAACGUUAAGUAUACGGUUCUUCCCGUACAAACGUUACCAGGUGGAAAAAAAUCUCUUCAAAAAUUCAUUUCCAGCUUCAACGACAUCGCGACUUUUUUAAACGACCGUUUCCCUCAUGAUUCGGUUAUCGUCUUCAUUGAAAAUAAGAAACAGGUAAACACGUUAGCUGCCGGGCUGAACGGUAUCGGUUUUCCUGUCGUUCGCUACCAUAGCGACAUGACUCCCAACGGCAAAACUGUUGCUAUGGACAGCUGGUUAGGUGGUAAUCCUCGUUUUAUUAUUGCGACGUCGGCAAUAUCUCUUGGCGUGGAUAGUGAACGAUGCGUCGGUACUGUAAAUUUCGGGCAGGCCUCUUCUAUCUACAACCUGAUCCAGGAAACAGGUCGUGUAGGUAGGAGAGGACAGCCAUCGGAGUGCAUUACGGUCACCGAUGCGUCGUUCACCUACAAUAAGCUGUGUUCCACCAUCGAAUUCCAUCAAAAGCGGGUUGAAAAGAUUCCGGUAAAGACGAUCCUAGCUGGCAACGCUGAAUUGUUGGCCUGGGCAGCAACGACCCAACGAUUAAUGUGCAUACCAGCCAUGCUCCUGAAAUUCGUGGACCUUUCCAUCGAACCCGCUCCGUGCGGAAUAUGCACGGUCUGCUUGACACCAGCGAAAGAUCUUCAACUUCCGGGGCUGGAGGAGGUAUAA